UUAUGCUCCUUGGUGUCCAGCUUGCCAGCAGAUUGAAUCAACGUGGGAGAGUUUUGCAAAGGAGAGUGAACAUCUGGGUAUCACUGUUGGGAAGGUGGAUGUCACUCAAGAAUCAGGCUUGAGUGGUCGUUUCUUUGUCACAACACUUCCUACAAUUUACCAUGCAAAUGAUGGAGUAUUCCGCAGGUACCGUGGCUCACGGACACUGGAAGAUCUCCAAGGUUACAUUUUAGAGAGGAAAUGGGAAGCUGUGGAGCCUGUAGCAGGAUGGAAGUCUCCAUCUUCUGUAAUAAUGCAUGGCAUGGCAGGGCUGUUUCACUUCUCUGGAUGGAUGAGGCAAAUUCAUAACUACCUCACUGGCACUCUUGGAAUUCAUGUUUGGGUUUCUUAUGCAAUCUUCAUCUUGGCUACCUUAUUGAUAGGCCUGUUCCUGGGUUUGAUACUGGUUUUGAUUUCAGACUGCCUCUGCCCAUCCAAGUCCAAAUGGAGUGCUGAAACAUCUGAAGCAAUUACCAAGGAGAAUGUGGAGAAUGCAGCAUUAGAAGAACCAGAGGAGGCUGCAGAGCUCUCUGCAGAUGAUGCAGAAGAGACUGCAGACAUGAAAGAUCUCUCAGAUGGGGAAGAUGCAGCAAGCUCGAGUGCUAAUGACUCAGAGGAGGAUUUAGCACUUGGAAAAGAAUCAGGGGAAGAAGAAAUGGAAGACUUAAGUGAAAAACCUUUAGCUGAUUCAGAGACUGAAAGCUCAGUAAGACAGCGGAAAAGUCAGGUGACUGAGAGGGAACUGUAG